AUGGGUGACCACGCUACUACCAACAACCCCUCCUCCUCCACCACCGAGGCCGCCCUUGCGGACAAGGGCAAGGGCAAGGCUCAGGACCCUGACAUGAGCAUGGAGGAUGACAGUGACUCGGAAUCGGACAAUGGUGAAGAAAUGGAAGAAGCCAACGAUGACCUGGAACCUAUCUCCGAAACGAACAUUAUCAACGGCGGUCGUCGCACCCGCGGCAAGAAGAUCGACUGGGAGGAAGUGCGCAAGACCUCGGAUGACAUGGACGACGAAGAGGAUGACGAUGAGGACUACCAGGGUGGUGCUGAUGAGGACCAGAUGCGCGACUAG